AUGGCUCGAGCUCUUAAUUGUCCACAGUUUCAAGCACUUCUUGAUGAGGUUCAAGAACAGUAUAACACUUUGCUUAUGUAUAAUAAUGUCCGAUGGUUAAGCAGAGGACAGGUUUUAGAGAGAUAUAUAAGCUGCUUGGAUGAAAUUAGUCUAUUUUUGAAUGAAAAACGCCAGGAUUAUCCACAGCUUACUGAUAUGGUCUGGCUUAACAACACUAGGUUUUUAACAGAUUUUACACAACACUUCAAUGUACUGAACAAGCAACUUCAAGCCUUGGUAAAAACGGCAGAAGGGAUGUUUUGCAAUAUAAAAACACUGCAUGUUUUUGAAAGAGAUCUUCUAAGUGGACAGACGAAAUAUUUUCCAAAUCUAAAGAUGCAUCUAGAAAAUUCUACACAAUUUGCACACAAUCCUUCAAGUCAUGAAGAAAUCUACAUGGAAUUUUUUAGCAUCGUAGCAGCUGCAAAGGAGAAUUUUAAUGGCAUAUUUCUACAGUUCUGUCAAAUGGAAACAACCAUGUGUUUUCUUACUUCUCCAGAUAAAUCUAAGUUUGAAGAACUUAAUCUUUCUUGCUUAGAAUGGUUAGAUUUUGAAAAUCUGGAAAUGGAGCUAUUGGAAUUUCAAGAAAGCUCUACGUGGAAAAGAAAAUUAUCUGAUCUGCAUGCAACACUCUAG